UAAAUUCUGAGAAAGACGUUGUCUUUAGUCAUUAGUGUCAGUCAUUCAGGACAGCCUGAGGAUUCAACAUGACGACUCUUCCUGUCACUUCUCUUGUUUUGCUGUUUGCCUGGACCAUGCAUUCAUGGGCUGAUACAGGGCGAUUGAGAAAGAAACGUGCAUGGAUCAUUGAUUCGUUUGCUAUUGAAGAAGAAAAUCCAGGACCGUUUCCAUAUAAACUCGGAAAGAUUAUGCUUGACAGGACAUAUUUAGUCAAUUUUGCCCUCCACGGAGAAGGAGUGGAUAAAGAGCCAAAAGAUAUUCUGGUCAUUAACAAGGAUACAGGCGAAAUUAAUGUAAAGGGAAAAGUGGAUUACGAAGCUAUCACAGACAGUAGUAAAGCUCUUAAUCUCUAUUUUGAAGCAAUAAACCAAUCCAACAAUGUGGUGGACACAAGGCUAGGGAUUGAGAUAAAGAUUUUGGACAUAAACGACAACCCCCCCAUAUUCCAGCAAUCAAACUAUGAUGUCACUGUGGAUGAAUCACAUCCCCAAGGUGAACAGAUUAUAACUGUGUUGGCAACUGAUAGAGACGAUUCAAAAACACUUAAUGGAACUUUUUCCUUUGCAAUCAAGUCUGUCACACCAAAAACAGACAAUGUUGAGUUUUAUAUCCAGCAGAAGGAAGGAUCAGGGACUAUUUAUUUUAAAGGAUGCUUGGAUUACGAGAAAGCUCAAAAAUAUACAAUUCUGGUUGAAGCAAAGGACCACGGAGAAGUGAAAAAGCUGUCAACCACAACUACAUUAACAGUCAAGAUUUCUGACAAAAACAACCACCUUCCAGAGUUCACCGGCAAAACUGGCAGUGGUAAAGUAAAGGAGCGAGAAACUGGGACUGAAGUUUUAAGACUUCAAGUAACAGAUAAAGACAGCCAUGGUUCAAAAGCCUGGAGAGUAAAAUACACAAUCCAUGGAGAUACCAAAAAUAUGUUUAAAAUAGAAACGGACCCAAAUACAGAUGAAGGAAUUUUAACUGUUGUUAAGCCAAUGGACUAUGAGGAGCAAGCAUACCAAAAUCUGUCCAUCAGUGUGCAGAAUGAGGCACCUUUCUUCUCUUGUACGAUUAAAAAGCGUCCACGGGAUGGAUUGUGGGAAGUCGAUAGAUUUUUUGAAACCCCCGGCACCAGUGAUCCACAACUCUACAAAUCCAUCCCAGUGACCAUUAAUGUUGAAGAUGUCAAUGACCCUCCAGCAUUUAUACCACCUGUUAAUGAUGUUGUUGUAAUGGAGAACAUGGUUGUAGGAACCUAUCUAACAACCAUUUCUGCUAAAGAUUUGGAUGGAGCUCAUGCAAACACAUUUAGAUAUAUUAAAGGGGAAGAUGUUGAUGAUUGGAUAACUGUUGAUGAAAAGACUGGAAACAUAUCCACUGCCAAAAUUCUAGACAGAGAAUCAAAAUUUAUGAUAAGCGGCACCUAUAAAGCAACGGUGUAUGCAGUGGAUGAUGGUGUACCACCGCUGACCGGCACAGGCACUUUGCAUAUUCACCUACAAGAUCAAAAUGAUAAUGCACCAAUUUUGACUGUGAAAAAUGUCGAUAUUUGCGCUAACAUUGAGCCAACAAGAGUCAACAUCUCAGCUGUGGAUUUGGACCUCCACCCAUACAGUUCACCUUUCUACUACGAGCUGUUGGGAGAUGUUGCGGGGAAAUGGAGGAUUGACCCAGCUCAUGGGACAGUGGUGAAUCUUGUAAAAGAAAGCAACCUUCAUUACGGUCAUCAUUUCCUCCAGAUGCGAAUAUCAGACCAGCAGGGAGUUUUUGCCGUUCAUAAUCUGUCAGUCACUCUGUGUAACUGCGCCAGUGAUUUCAGAUGUAAUGAGAGGAUGGCGACAAGUGUUCGGAUGGGCAGUGUGGCUAUCUGCAUUAUUAUGCUUACAGUUCUGUUACUCACAGCAAUGUUCUUGAUGGCCCUUCUAAUGUCAUGCGAGCCAGAGCUCAUAUUUUAUCACAUCGAUGCUGGCCGUGGUUCUUUGUCCAAAACCAAUGAUGAAUGUCCAGGAACAGACUCCAUGACACCUUUCAAUGUGGGCCACAAGGGAACUGCUUCAUCCGUGAAUUCAUAUCAGUACAACGGAUCACAAACUAUCCAGAAGACAAAGCACAGGAGCCAACAGGCUGUUGGAAUGAAGCCAGUCUACUUAUACUCAAUGAUUCCAAAUUCAACAUGUAAAUUGACUGGUGGGAGUCAGUUCAAGCCUUUAUACAGUUCGACCAAAUACAACAGUGUGACCCAAAACAACAGAGUGACCCUAAACAGCAGAGCGACCCUAAACAGCAGAGUGACCCUAAACAGCAGAGCCCUACAAAAGUAUUACAACAUGAAAAAAAGUGUGCAUUCAGAUGAUCUGAGAGACUAUCCAGAAUCUUUGCCAUGUCAGUAUGAAUGUGAAGGGAACGAAAGUGAUUGUGGGUCAUUAGCAGUCAGUCAGUUAACUGAUAGCAAUCUUGGAGAUAACCUGGACAUCCUGCAGAACCUCGGGCCAAAAUUCUACACUGUGGGUGAGAUUUGUCAACAGUCCAUUAGACGCAAAAAUAUCAAACUUUGAAGAUGGAUGCUGAUUUAACACUUUGGGAAUUCAACUGUAAAAAAAUUUUUUUGUAACAUUUCUGUUUGAAAUUUGGGCCAUUUCUUUUUUUUCAAGAGGUGUUGGAUAAUUUAUGCAGGUAUAGAAUAUAAACGCAAAUGUCCUUAAAAUUACAUUUCAUGCUGUGUGUAAUGUUUGCUGUGUGUGACUGUAAGGAGUCUGGCAAGUCGUAAAGCCGGAAGUGAACAAAUAACAAAGUUAUUGGCUUGUGAAAAAUAAGAGUUGACUCUUAAUCACACAAACGAGUCGUCUGUCGUUCUAAUUUCAGUUUCGGGUCAGAUUUGCUUCUCUCUGUGUGUAAUGUGUAUGAUUUUUUUUUUAAAAACAAGCACAAAUCCUGUCCAACCGCCAUGACUCAUGUACCUAGCGAUUUCAUUGGUCAACUCUGUUAAUACUGUGAUAUGUUGUAGGCUGUUAAUGAUGGAAAUAGAAAUGCUUGAAGGGUUUCUAAUAUUAUCUUCUAAUGUUUUUUGUUGCGUUUUCUUUAUUUCCUGUUUUUGAAUGCUUUAUUUCCAUUAUUGAUUCUGUGUACUUAUGUACCAAUGUUGUAUUUCUCAGAUUUGUAUGUAUGUUCAUAUGCAAUGAAUGACUGUAAAAAACUAAAUACCGUUUAGUUUAUACAAAACUACAUCACAAACGUUGUCUACCGGUUUCUAAUUACAUUCCAGAAGUAAACAGAGUUAACCUUACAGAGGUAACCUUACUGAAAUUUCUAUGAUAAAACAGUUGUCAAACAUUAAACAUUUAGCUAGUUAAAAUGCACUCGUUUACAUUUAAAACUGAUCUUGAGCUCGGCUUCUGUCAAAAGCAAAUCCCGCCUCCGCUCAUUCCAUUUUGACACAGCAAGGUAAACAAAGUAAUGUUGCACAUUAUUCAACAAUUAUAAUGAUUAUGUGUAUUAAUAUUAUUAAAUGGAUGCCAAUUAAUUGGGACAAUUAAGACCUCUCUACUACCCCUAACCUUACCAUACACAUAAUCUUAUUAAACACAUGAAAGGUA